AUGUCGGACUGGGACGCGAGCAGCGACGAGGAGCUCGGCGCGUCGGAUUGGCCGCGGGCCGCUGCUGCUGCCGAACCGCUGUUCUGGUCGCCCAGCGCCCCUUCAUGGGGCCGCGCCUCCGUGGAGGGCGGCGACCGACGGGGGAAGGGCACGGGGAGUCCCGGAGGGGAAGAGUGGGACCCGCGAGGCGCUGAAGGCUCCGGCGGCCCGAGGCGGGCGGCGUGGCAGCGGCCGCCCCGAGCUGCGGCCGGCCAGGCUCGGGACUCUGCGGCGCCGCUCUGCUUCCACCUCGAUAGCGCCCUGGUCGGGGCUCUCAUAGGUCGAGGUGGAACUAAAAUUAAAGAAAUUGAGAAUUCUUCGGGUUCCAAGAUAAAGGUUACAAGAGGAACAUAUGAAUCUGAAGUAAAGAUUUUUGGCAGCACUGAUGUGCAAAACAAAGCCAAGAUGUUGAUUGACAAUCUUGUCACAAAUUCUGGACAAAACCAUAUUAGAGGAAAAACCUUGGACAUUAUCAAGACUGAAAAUAACCCAAAGAAACCAGUGAUUAACUGGGCCUCUCUUCGAGAAAACCGGGCCAAAUAUGAAUCUAUGAAGUGGGCAGGCUUGCCUCCAAUUGAGAAAAACUUCUAUAAAGAAUCAUCCAGGACUGCAUCCAUGUCACAAGAAGAAGUGGAACUGUGGCGGAAAGAAAAUAAUAAUAUAACUUGUGAUGACUUAAAAGAAGGUGAAAAGCGCUGCAUUCCCAAUCCUGUCUGUAAAUUUGAAGAUGUAUUUGAGCAUUAUCCUGAUAUUAUGGCCAACAUAAGAAAAGUUGGUUUCCAAAAGCCUACACCAAUUCAGUCCCAGGCAUGGCCAAUUAUACUCCAAGGAAUUGAUCUUAUUGGUAUCGCACAGACUGGUACUGGGAAGACAUUAGCAUACUUAAUGCCUGGAUUCAUUCACUUGACUUCACAGCCAAUAUCCAAAGAUCAGCGUGGGGGGCCUGGAAUGUUAGUCCUUGCUCCCACUAGAGAACUGGCACUUCAAGUAGAGGCAGAGUGUUCAAAGUAUGCAUACAAAGGAAUUAAAAGUAUUUGCGUCUAUGGUGGUGGGGACCGAAAAGGACAGAUAGACACGGUUACCAAAGGUGUGGAUAUUGUUAUUGCUACUCCUGGCAGACUGAAUGAUCUUCAAAUGAACAACUUCAUAAAUUUGAAGAGCAUAACAUAUUUGGUUUUAGAUGAGGCUGACAGAAUGCUGGAUAUGGGAUUUGAACCUCAGAUAAUGAAGAUCCUAAUAGAUGUGCGUCCUGACAGACAAACUGUUAUGACGAGUGCUACUUGGCCUGAUGGUGUCCGUCGUCUAGCAAAAUCCUACUUGAAAAAUCCCAUGAUUGUGUAUGUUGGUACUCUUGACUUAACAGCAGUAAACACAGUACAACAAAAAGUUAUUGUUAUCCCCGAGGAGGAAAAGAGAACUUUCAUGCAUAGUUUCAUUAAGUCUAUGAAGCCAAAAGAUAAGGUCAUCAUUUUUGUGGGAAAAAAGCUUACAGCUGAUGACUUAGCAAGUGACUUUGGUAUCCAAGGAAUUCCAGUACAGUCUCUUCAUGGCAACAGGGAGCAAUGUGAUCGAGAACAGGCUUUGGAUGACUUCAAGAGAGGCAAGGUUCGAAUAUUGGUAGCUACUGACUUGGCAUCCCGUGGCCUUGAUGUGCAUGAUAUUACUCAUGUUUUUAACUUUGAUUUCCCUCGCAACAUUGAAGAAUAUGUUCACAGAGUAGGUCGUACUGGAAGAGCAGGGCGCACUGGGGAGGCAGUCACACUUGUCACAAGCAAUGAUUGGAGGUUUGCAUCCGAGCUGAUUGACAUUCUGGAAAGAGCAAACCAAGUAGUUCCUGACAAGCUUAUUGCAAUGGCAGAAAGAUACAAGCAAUCACAAAUGAGAAAAGAAAUUGAAAAGGAUAUACAAAGACCUUGGAGAAAGCCCUCAAAAUCAGUGUAAUCCCUUGAAGCUACUGAAACAGAGAAAGUGAUUUUAAGUAGUGUUAGCAUCCAUGGGCUUGAAUUUCUAAGUUUCAUUUUGUGUUUGAUUGUUUUUUGUACCUGUCCUAUUUAAACUUCUCAAAAGCGUCUUGGAAAAGAAAACUGGAUUAACCUUAUAUAGGAAUAAAUCUAGUUUUGCACUUGAACACUGUUUUCACGUAGAAAUUAAUUGUUUUUUUCUUGUGUGGUGUAUGAAA